GUUCGCGUCGCACUGCACAACAAGCACAACAAGCACAACAAGCACAACAAGCACAACACCUGCACGCUCUGCCCACACUGCGAUCAAUCGCGUGUCCUUUCCCUUCUUCUCCCUUCGAGGACUGGAAGCAUGCCUCCCCACCGAAAGGGUCAGCGUUGCCCACACGGCUCCAAGGCGGUCUGUCGGACAAGCGCGUGCUACUAUGUCCACACAGAUGAGAAGAACGUGGAGUGUGAUUUUGGUUCAGGCUGCACGAAUGCGUCCUGCCCCCGAGUGCACCCUGCGCCGCUUAAGUUCCAGUGCCAGCGUGGACGGCACUGCUCGAGCUCCACCUGCGAUCGCAUCCACCCUGCGGCGAAAAAGUCUCAAACGCUGUGCAUCCAUGACGAGAAAUGCACCAACGCCUCCUGCCAGCGGCAGCAUCCCAAGCGGGAUGCCAUGCGCGCACAGCCACAGCCUCAGCCCAUGUUUCCCAAGAGCCCCUCCAUGUUUGGCAAAAGUCCUUCCAAGAGCCCCAGUUUUGGUCAGCAUGCAACUCAGCCCCCUUUCCCUGCGCAGCCGCCCAGGUUCUUCGGGGCACCUAGUGCCCCGACGCCUGACGGUGGUGUCACGAACGUCCCCACGCCCAUACCUGGGAAGAUGUACUAUGUCAACACCUUUGGCAACGCCAAGCUGAGGGAAAUUGCCGACGCCGUCAGCCAGGACAUGUCCUGGACCAUCGACAGGAAAAACCGGGCAAUUGUGAUCACGGGCGCAACAAUGGCUGAGCGCGAAGUGGUGAAGAACCAGUUCAAAAGCUUUCUCAAGCACAACCUCACUUGCGACCGCGUGGAAGUUGAGGGGUGCACGUUCGCUGAGCUCAAGGAAAACACGCAGGCACUCAACCUGGCCAAGCGCAGCAACAUCAUCAUCUCCUACCAUGAUGGCGCCGUCGAUCUCACGUACCAGGGCGACGAUGGCGACGCUGUUGCCGUGCUGCCUCGGCUUGAGGCCGUGCUGCGUGCACAGGCCGUGACCACGCAGGUCGUGCCGCUGCCAAACAACGAGCGCGCCCUCAUCUCUGUUGUUCGCGCCGCCACAACCGCGCUGGCCGACAUGAUUGCCAACCAGUUUCCCAACACCAAGUUCACUGUCGAGUUUCCUGGCCCGGUGAUGACGGUGAGAGGCCCGGCGUCCAGCGUGCAAAGGGCGGCCAAACGCAUCACAGCAUACCUGCAGGACAUCAAGGUGCUCAAGCGGAAGGCGAAGAAACCAUCACGGCAGCUGGCACAUGCGCUGUGUCAUUUCCUGCGCCGUGCGGUUCGACAGAUCAACGCAGACGCCACUGGCAACAUGGACGGCGACACUGAGGCCCACGGCGAGGACGACGACGCCAGCGACGACAACGACGACGACCUUGGCGUCGGGCCUCCAAAGCCCACCAAGCCCAAGAAGCACGCGGCUGCGUCCGAGUCAGAUGUGGAGUUCCCCUACAUCCUCUUCAAGGUGUUCUCCAGCUUCUUCACCCACCCAACAGGCAAAGGCAAGGCAAGGGGCAAGGGCAAAGGGCCCGCGGGCGGCUCGAACAAGAACAGCGGCGGUGACAACGCUGACUUUGUCCGCGUCCAGCUGACAGGCCCUUCUGAUGCGCGGAAGGACCUCGAGCGCCUGGCCCAGCGCGUCGACGCAUUCAUACAAACGUUUGUCAGCGCGUCUGUGCGCGUCAAGAAGGAGACGUUCAACACGAUGAGGGCGUCGCUGCUCGAGCUCGACGUGAAUGAGCACUAUCGCGCGCACGACAAGACGCUUCUCCUGUCUGGGGCAGAGGCAGCGGUGGAGGAGGCAAAGAAGCGGCUGGACCAAGCUGAGCAGCGGCUUCGACCGCUCACGUACAAGCUGCAUGCUUCGUCCAGCAUCAUGAGGAUGGCCCUCCUCCUGCGGUGCAACUCCACAGCCCUCACACAGCUUCGCGAUCAAGUGGCGCGUGCCUUUCCUGACGUGAACAUCAGCAUCCACAGUGGCGCGCAGGACGCCAAGAACCCUGGGUCGCGCGAGGUGGCCCGGUUGGUUGGCACAAAGGAUGUGGUGGUGCCAGCACACAAGAUGGCCGAGCAGAAGCUGCAGCAGCUGGAGCAAGACAUGCUCACGGAGAACAUCGAGCUCGACACGGCCGAGCUUGGCGUGUUCCAACGCCAGGAGGGGCGUGGCCUGAUGAGGAACGCACGUGACAUGGGCGUGGUCGUGCUGAGCCCACGUGACGCGCACAAGAUGCUUGAGGCAGACAGCAAGCAGGCUUCCAAGCACGCCGCCGCCUCAACUCCAUCGACACCUGCCAAGGUCUCAACCCCUGCUGCAACCCCAGUUCUUAUGGCCCACGUUGCUGGUGGGACCGACACUGCUAUCGGGCUCAAAGUCCUGUGCGGGGAUUUCAAGGGCAUGCACGUUGAUGCCAUUGUCAACGCUGCAAACGAGGAUCUGAUGCAUUGCGGUGGCAUUGCUUUCGCCAUCGCCAAGGCCGCGGGUCUCCAGUUCUCGGACGAGUGCCAGAAGUCUGUGGCCGCGCACGGCCGCGUGCGUGCAGGCACAGCACGCCACACCUCGUCGGGUGACUUGGCCAAGUCGACGCAGAUCAAGCACGUGCUGCACGCCGUGGCGCCAAUUUACAGUGGUGACGGCGGCAGUGGUGGUGGCAAAUCAAUGUUGUCGUCUUUCCUGGCUUCGCUGCCCAAGCUCGGGUUUGGCGGAGAUACUCAGGCGCAACUGAGUGCGUCGCUGCGCGCGUGUGUGCAAGAGGCGAUCCGGCUUGCUGGGCGCCUCCCUGAUGUGAGCUCCAUUGGCAUCCCAGCGAUUGGGUCUGGCGUGUUUGGAUGGCCAGAAGCAGAGGCAACGCGGGAGAUUGUCAAGGCGGUGGUGGCGUCGGUGAACAGCGGCAGCCUGGGCAACAUCAAGCGCGUUGUGCUGUUUGACGCAAUGCAAGCCAAGGCAAGCGCGUUUGCAGCGGCUGUGAAGGCGCUUGCUGAGCGCGACGGUGCUGGCGGCAAGAGCAGCAGCAGCACGACCAGCAGCACGAGCACGACCAGCAGCAGUGCUUCGUACCAUGUCCCACGUGUGCUGGAGAAGCCAGAGUACGUGUGGAUGUGGCGGUUCCAUGAGCGCGACCAGUGGGUGAUGUACGACUGGGACCAGCAGGUGCAGAUUGAGCAGGCACACGGGGCGGGUCGUCAAGAUGACUUCCGCAUCAGCGGUGACCGUGGCGGCGUUCGCUCUGAUUCCAAGCACAUUCCUGAGGGGGAGAAGUAUCCCGUGUACUUUGUGAACCUUGGCAAGAUGACGCAGCGCAACGCCAAGUCCAACUUUGAGCGACGAAUCCAACGCGUUCGCUGGACAGAAGCCAUGCCGCUUCCGCCGCUGUUUGAGGAUCGGCGACAGGAGGCAUUGGCGCUCGCACAGGCGCAGCAGCGUGCACAGCGCUCGCAGUCUUCAUCAUCGACGCACAUGUCAUCAGCCAAGGGCCAAUCUGCAUCGAGCAGCAGCAGCAGCAGCAGCAGCGCGCGCAUUGUGAAUGUGCGCGAACCCAAGGCUGUGAAGGAGGCGGAGACUGGCGGGAGCGUGCCCAAGCCGUCAUCCAUCACAUCCACGGCAGCCCUGCCGAAGAAAGGCUUCGUGCUGUGUGGACCCAGGGCAAAGGUGCAGGCAGUGAAGGACAAGUGGACGAGCGAACUGCACGACAUGUGGCAACAGUCGGAAAUCAAGUUGUUUGAGAACGACCGCGAGCACAACGAGCGCCUUCUUGACCACAAGGAUGUGCGUGCUGCCAUUGCCAAGCACGGUGCCAAGAUCCGCGUGAACCCUGCUGGCAACAUUGUCCUCGAGUACGUGACUGAGUCUGCCUUCCAUGAGAUCAACAGCACGAUGGUGAAGCUGGUCGAGGAGAUCAAGGUGCCACGCACGUGGACGACGAUGAAGGAUCCUCGCAGCGUGGAGGUGGUACCGGUGCCUGCAGGCACGCAGGAGUAUCAGGACGUGGUGGAGAUCUUCUCACGAGGCGGCUUCACGAAAACUGUGCUCAAGGUGGAGCGCGUGCAGAACAAGUACUUGUGGGACUGCUACUUUCACAAGCGUGACGUGCUGAAUCGUCACAGCAUUGGCGCGAACGAAAAGCACAUGUUCCACGGUACUGGCGCCGUUGAUCCCGCCAUCAUCGCCGACACCAACUUUGACUUCCGCUAUGCAUCUGCCGGUUUGUUUGGCCGCGGUGCCUAUUUCGCCGAGCUCAUGGAAUACAGCGACCGUGGCUACGCCUACGUGUGCCCUGACGACCCGACGAAACGACAGGUGUUCAUUGCACGCGUGGCGGCUGGGAAGGUUGAGGAGCGCGGAAGCAACUGCGACCAGUCCAUCAAGCACCAGUCUCCAGGGUUCGAUUCUGUUGGGGGCAUGGUCACGGCCACUCACAAGGCCAUCAUCAUCUACGACUUGCAGCAGGCCUACCCAGAGUACCUGAUCACGUACAGCGCCUGA